AUGUAUUAAUAGAAUUAGUCAUUUUAACUAGGUCAAGGCUACCUCAUAAAGGCACCUACACAAAAUUAUAGUAAUAGAUAAUUUAAAAUAUUACAAUAAAUUGGAAAUGGAUCUGAAGGUAGUGUUUUUAAAGCUACUCCUAUUAAUUGGUCUGGAUUUUAAUAAGAAGUUGCUUUAAAAUUUCAAACUGUUUUUAAGGAAGAACUUAAAGAAUUCUACAACAAAAUUAUAGAAUAUUAAAACAAAUAUGAAUCUUCAAAUGGCCAAUAUAUUUAUUCUUCUAAUGUUAUAAGAAUUUAUGAUUAUUUUGUGUAUUAAAAUAUGUUAGUCACAGUAAUGGAAUUAGGAUCAAUGGAUUUAUAUUAAUAUAUCCAAAACACUAAUUUGACAAUUCAAUAAAAAUAAUCAAUAUUGUUAUAAGUAAUUAAAAUAUUAAAAUUAUAAUUAGAUCCUAACAUCAAUUACAUUUUUACACUCUUAAAAUAUUUUUCAUAGAGAUAUUAAACCUGAAAAUUACAUACUUGUUGGAUCAUAAGUAAAAUUAGUUGAUUUUGGAUUAAUAAAGUUGUAAAUCAAUAAUUAAAGGCUUCAUACUUAGAAAGUUGGUACUUAGCUAUUCCAAGCCCCUGAAUUAAUUGAAGGAAAAUCAGAUUACACAUUUGCUGUUGAUGUUUGGGCUAUGGCUUUAGUUUUUUAUGAGAUUCUUAAAGGACAAAGUAUAUUUUAAGGUAUUUACACUUUUUAUAUCAUAUUAGUUUAAACAUUUGAAGAAUUAAACGAAAAAAUCAAACAACACAUAUAAAAUCAAAGUUAUAUUUACAAUAAAUUUGAUGAAUUGCCUAUUUCUGAUGAAUGGAAAACCACUAUGAAAAGAAUGGCUCAUCCAAAUCCUAACGAAAGAAUAACUUCUAAAGAAGCCCUUGAUAUAUUAUCAAAAUCAAGCAUAUAAACAACUGUAAAAUUAUAAAACUCAAAUGCUGCUAUUAGUUUAACUCAAUCACAAAUGAUUUAAAUAAAAUAAAUCCCUCCCUCGCCUAUAUAACCUCAAAUGUAACAGUAAUUUUAACUAAACAUAUCAACUUAAAUUAAUAACAUCAUAUAAGUUUUAUCCUAAUCUACAAACUUCAAUUUUUUAUUAUAAUAAAAAGAAUAAUCGACUAAAUAAUUAUCUACUUUAAAAGAUUUAUCAUUAAGACUUUUAACUUAAUUAGACCCCAAUUAUGCAGAAAGCAAUUCAAAUGAAAUUUAGGAAUUUAAUUCAGAAAAUUAAAAAUAAAUUUAAAAGAAAUAAUUGCAAACAGAUAUUAAAGAUGAUUAUGAAUAAAUUAAAAAAUCCAUUUAAUAAUUGGAAGAAAAAUGUAUGUUAAUUUAAGAAGAAUAGGAAUUAGAUAAGAAAACAAUUGAUUUAAAAAAUAAUAUCAAUAAACUAAACAUUAUUGUUUAAAAAUUUGAGAAUAAAUAAUAAGAUUUGCAAAAACUAGAGGAUGAACUUAAAGAAUUGAAGCAAAAGCAAAAAUUAAUUUUAAAAAAGAAUUUAAUAUUAGAUGAAAUAGACCUUAUCAAAAAAUCAAACGACACUCAAGGUAGAUUUCCGUAAAAUUAGCUUUAAAAAGAUAUCAAUGAACUUUAAAAAUAAAUUUAAUAAUUAGAAUUAGAAGCAAAUAAUAUUUAAUAUUUCUAAGAAUAGAAAAAAAAAUUAGAAUAAACUAUUCUAAUUUUGUAACAAUAAAUAAAGGAAGGUGAAAAUGCUGAAAAAGAAUUUACUUAAACAAAAAACGAUUUAGUGGCUUUAAAAAUAGAAUUAGAAUUGAAUAAAAAGCUUGAUGAGGAAAUAAAGAACAAUGAAAAAAUUAUAAAUGAACUCAAAGUUAAAAUAGAGAAAUUAGAACAAAAUUUAAAAUUUUAUGAUAAUUAAUAAAAUGAAAUGGAUCAACUUAAUGAAAAAUUAUAAGAAUUAAAAGAAUUAGAAGAUAAAGUUAAAAAAAAUAAAGAAAUGAUUAUAUUAAUGAGAGCUUAGCUUCGGGAAUUACCUAAUUAGAAAAGGUAGUUUGAUUAACAAUAGAAAGAAGCUGAUAAAUUAAGAAAUGAAAUUAAGCCUUUAGGAGAACUUUAAAAUAAUAUUGAUUCCUUAAAUGAGUAAAUUAAGAAAUUAAUUGAAUAGAAGAAUUUGAAAUUAGAAAAAUAAGAAGAAGAAAGGAAUCUAUAAUAUUAAAAAGAAUAAUUAGAGAAAGAGCUUAAUCCUAUUGAAAAAAGUUAAUCAGCCUAUAAGUAGGAGAAUUACAUUAGUUCUAAUGAUAAGAGUUUUACAUAGGAUUAAGAAGUUAGAAAUGCUCGCUAUGUAACGACGAGAGUAAUUAAACAACCAUGAAAG